AUGUCAACACAAUUUCUUUCAAAAUUAAGUCAAAACUAUAUUGAAUUAUUGGAAGAUAAUGAAUAUUACGAUAUUACAAUUGAAGUUGGCAAAGAUCCUAAUGUGAAAAUAUUUCGUUCACACAAGAGUAUCUUGUGUUACCGUUCUCCAUACUUACGACGUACUUUGGCCUCUAAUAACAACCAGAAUAAGGACAAUGUUUUAAUUAACAUAAAGUUUCCGAAUAUAUCACCAGAGGUUUUCCAAAUUAUUUUAAGGUAUAUUUAUGGUGGUAUUCUUUCAUUAAAUGUGCAAGAUCCUUCAGAAAUUUUUCAAAUUUUAUUGGCAGCAGAUGACCUAUUUCUUCAGGAAUUAGUUGAUUAUUUACAAAAAUAUUUGAUUGAAAAUAAAUCCGAAUGGAUGGAGCAACACUUUGAAUUCAUUCAUCGAACAAGUUUUCAAUAUAAUUCUUUAUUGGAAAUUCAACAAUUCUGUACAGAUCUUAUGGCAAAAUCUCCAGAGAAAGUAUUUAAAUCGCUUGAUUUUACUUCACUCCCUAAAAAAUCUUUAGUCCAACUCAUUAAAAGAGAUGAUUUACAAAUGAAAGAAAUUGAGGUUUGGGAACAUGUAUUAAAAUGGGGUCUCGCACAAAAUCCUACACUUCUUCCAGAUCCUAAUGACUGGUCAGAUGAUGAUUUUAAAACAAUGGAAAAUAUUUUACAAAAUUGUUUACCUUGGAUUAGAUUUUUUAGUUUAUCAUCCAAAGAAUUUUUACAAAAAGUUCGUCCUUAUAAAAAGCUCUUAAAACGCGAAAUUUAUGAAAAUUUAUUAAAUUCUCAUUUAGAUUCUGAUAGUGAACCAACCGAUAAUAUUUUGUAUCCUAGAAAUAUUAAGUUUAAAAGUAUUAUUGAUUCGAAAAUCGUUAAUUUAAAUAUUAUUUCGGCUAUUUCGAAAUGGAUUGAUAAAAUAUAUAUUAUUAAUUAUAAUAGUAAAUUUGAUCAUUUAAGAGAAUUAUAUUUGCCAUACAAAUUUCAAUUAUUAUUAAGUGGAAGUCGAGAUGGAUUUACUUCAAAAAAAUUUCAUGAAUUAUGUGAUGGUAAACCUAAUACUAUUACUUUAAUUAAAGUAAAAGGAGCAGAAGAAAUUAUUGGUGGAUACAACCCUUUAAAAUGGGAAUCUUCUGGUGGUUAUGGAAGUUUUAUCUUUUCUUUUAAAAAUAAAGAUAUUAAAAACGCAAUUAUUAGUAACAUGGGAGAAACGAAUCAAGAUUAUACCGAGAUGGUUUAUAAAAAAUGUCAUUAUGAAAAAAGAAUAAGAGAUACUGAUGGUGAAUUUAUUAUUGAAGAAUAUGAGAUAUUUCAAAUCUUAAAGAGAUAA